CUUCCACUUCCUAUCCUACCCUACCCUGUUUGUUUACGUCGUGUCUCGUUGGAAAUUCUUGUCGUCUGUUGUCGAAGUGUCAAAAGUUAUGGAACAAGCAGAAGCCAGCAUAAGAAAGCUCCUCUCUGGAGAAGCCCUGGACGAGGAUGACGAGCUGUGCGACUUCACCCUGGCCGCGCAGAAUGAAGCGACAGCUGCCAAAGGCGUUACUCCAACUACACCAUCGGAUUACAUUCCAAUCCUGGGAAACACUGUCACCUACAUUGCAAUGGGAGUGCUAUUUAACUCCCAGGGUGAAGUCCUCAUGAUGCAAGAGGCCAAAAGUUCCUGUGCAGGACAGUGGUAUUUACCGGCAGGAAGAGUAAAUCCUGGAGAAAAUCUAGAGGAAGCUGUUGUAAGAGAAGUAUUGGAAGAAACUGGUUUGGAAAUGCAGCCUACUACAUUAUUAAUGGUUGAAUGUGCCAGUAAAGCAUGGUUCCGGUUUGUGUUCACAGGAAACGUGACAGGAGGAAAGCUGAAAACACCUGCUGAUGCCGACAGUGAGUCUCUGCAAGCAAAAUGGAUUCAAGAUAUUAAUGAAUUGAGCCUUAGAGCGUCAGACAUUCACAGCAUCAUUGAAAUGGCCCGUGAGCACCAAAGCUCUGUCUCAAAUAAUCAUUCAAUACAUUCUAAUGUAUUGCCAGCAAUCAAGCCUCACAAAAAGUUGCUCCUGAGACUUGUUGUUUGUGCUAGACAAAAGAGCAGCAAUCGACUCCAUGUCUUGCUGUCAGAGAAGACUGAAGUUCAUCUUCCAAUGUGUGAGAUUAACCACAAUAGAAAUCUUCAUUCGUUACUUCUCAAAUUCAUGAUUGAGAUUUUUGGGGCAGAUGUUCCAUCUCACAAACCUCAUGGAUUGAUGUCUGUGGAACACUGUGGAAAACCAGAGGCAAUGCAUGAUGGACUAUGCCUUACCAUGCUUGUUUCCUUCAAAGUGCCUCUCGAAGAUGUAUUCCCAAUAGACAAAUAUUCUUGGGGUCAGGUUUCAAGAGAUCUUGGAGAGAAAUUACUUGCAUGCCUGCCAAAGAACAUGACACUUCCUCUGCACGUGAUUCGGUAGAGUCAGCUACAAGGGUAGAGAUUUACUUAACAGUAUUGCCAGCCUGAUAUUUUCUUUUACUUAUUUUAAUUUAUUCUCUUAUUAAAUCCACUCAUAAAGUAGGCUUCUUUUAUGGGACAGAAAACUGGUGGCGGGGGAAAUUUAUCAAAGAUUCCAUACAUCCCCUAAACAUUGAACCACUCCAAUAUUCAUCUCAGUUAGGUGUGAACUUCAAUCAAGUUUUAAGUAAUUUUGUUUUGAUUUCAGUAGAAAGUUGUUUAAAUUUUGUAUUAAUCUGUAACAACAGCAAUAUGUCAUGUGCCUUUGAAGUUUUCCAAAGUAUUCUCUGUAAAAUUUUGGUUUGUGCCGUUCACAUUCAAAAUUACCUAGUUCAUACUUUCUUGUAAUGUUACUUCUGUAGAACAGUGCAGCUCUCUUUCUAGAGCAAACAUACAACCCUUGUUUUAAACAAAAUCCAUCCACUUAUAUUUUUUUUAAUGGUUUUCUUCUAACCCAUCGAAACUUUGAAUGGUGCGGUAGUGGAAUUUAAAUUAAUCUUUGGAAGUACCUGAGGCUGAGGUGUAGGUCUGGUACCUAUGCUAUGCUCAAUAAUACUUUAUUUUGUGUGUUGUUUUAUUUAAGAAAAGAUAAUAUAUCAUCAAGAAUUUAUGAUUGUUUUGUUUUGUACUUCACAUUACUUAUGUUAAGUCUAGAUAGGUUCCUUCAUCCAAAUUGUUAUUGCUUCAAUUUUGCCUUUCCUCGUCACUUCAGUAUCUUGUUUAUCUGAAAAGGUAGUGAAUGUAGGGUGAAGCAAGGUGUAGUAACAAAUUACUCAUUUCAUUAUUACUAUUUAUAGAUUUUAUUGGCAUGAUAGACUGUUACCUCUCAUAAAAGAUUUUUUAGUAAAUGUUUUCUAACUCUGAAAA